AUGCCCGCCGAGCUCCAGCCACGAAGCGCGCUCUUUCCCUCGACGCGUCGCUACCUCGUCGGCAUUGGCCUCCUCCUCUGCGUCGUCCUUCUCUGGACCGCGUCCAACUUUAUCACAAACGACCUCGAGACCGGCGACGAUGCGUGGAACAAGCCGUUCCUCAUCACCUAUCUCAACACGUCGUCGUUUGCGUUCUACCUCAUCCCAGUGGGAUGGCGGUACUGGCGGAAAGGCGGGAAGAGCAAGGAUCGCGGUUACACCCCUCUCCCGCAGGAGGAGAACGGUAACCUCAGCCCGCGCAGCACGCUCAGCUACGGGACGCCCGCAUCUACCGUGCAGAACCUCGAGGACGGUACGACUGUCGCCGAUCCACCUCUCGAGAAGCUGAGCGUGCGCGAGACGGCGGAGAUUGCCGCUUGGUGGAGCGCUGUGUGGUUCCUGGCCAACUGGAGCCUAAACUCUGCGCUCGCCAUGGCCAGCGUCGCGAGCGUCACCAUCCUCAGCAGCACAACGAGCUUCUUCACCCUGACGCUUGGGCGGAUGUUCGGCGUUGAGGACGUCACCCGCGCCAAGGUCUUCUCUGCUCUUGCCAGCUUCAUCGGCGUCAUCCUCGUCACCCGCUCGGACUCAACUUCCGAGUCGGCAUCGAUCGACGCGACUGGCACCAACCUGCCCACACAUCCCAUCUGGGGCGACCUUCUCUCCUUGCUGUCCGCUGCGUGGUACUCGAUCUACGUCAUCCUGCUCAAGGUCCGCAUAGGCGACGAGUCGCGCGUGGACACGCAGUUGCUCCUUGGCUUCGCCGGCCUGUACAACAUCAUCUUCCUCAUUCCGGCGUUCCCAUUACUGCACUACUCUGGCUUGGAGACGUUCGAAUUCCCGCCAACAAGUGCUGCUUGGACCAUCAUCGGCAUCAACAUGCUGAUCACGCUUUCGAGCGACUACCUCUACGUACUCGCGAUGCUCAAGACGACGCCCUUACUCGUCACCAUUGGCCUUUCCUUAACGAUCCCCUUCGCGCUGAUCGGCUCGCUGGUUGUGCCCUCCGCCCAUGCGGAUAGCAUCACCUCGCUCACACUCCUCGGCGCCGGCCUUGUCGUCGGAUCAUUCCUUGUUCUGGGAUGGCAGGGAUGGGAGAGCAGCAACGCGUUGGGGUUAGAGGAGAGCGAGCGCGAGGAUUAA